AUGAAGUUCCUUACAUGGAAUGUUAGGGGCUGCAAUGCCCCUGACAAGAGACGUCUGAUCAAAAGAGGUUUUGAUCAAGCUAAGCCGGAAGUUAUUUGCAUUCAGGAAACAAAAUUGGGAAGAGAGGACACAGCUAGAGUUUUUGGUGUAAGACAGAGGUGGUCUGGUUUCUUUGUGGAAUUAGAAGGGGAUUCAGGAGGGCUUGGCAUUUUGUGGAAUUCAUUGGUUGUUCAGGUGGAUGCUAUCUCAUGCUCUAAACAUUGGCAAAUGGUAAAGGUGAAUUUGAAGAUCAUGAACUUUUCUUGUUUUCUUAUCAAUGUCUAUGGUCCCACUUUGGUUGUGGAGAAGUGUCGGUUAUGGGAGGAUACUUCCAAGCUUUUAGAAGAGGUGAGGCUGACCUUAGCUAUUGUUGUUGGGGACUUCAACGCCACUCUUUCUUUCUCGAAAACACGUGGAGGGGUGAAAAGGAUGUGCAAGAUGCAAUCGGACUUUCAAACAUUUGUGAACUCUAAUGCCCUCUUUGAAGUGGUUGUAAAAUGA